AUUAAGCAACCGUUUGCAAUCGACGUCCAACGAGUAUGAAAGACGUUAGUAGUUUUGUGUCUAUUUCUGUGCCAGCAAAAUGGAGAGCAGAUGGAGCAGUACUAAAUCCAUCAAGUGGGAUGAAGCGGAUAUCCUAGGUCGUGGAUGUGAGGGUACAGUGGUUUUUGCUGGACAUUUUAAUGAUGAACCGGUAGCUGUGAAACGAAUUUUGUUGACCAAUGUUCAGCUGGUUGAACGGGAACUAAAGGCUUUAUUCCAUUGUAGACAUCCGCGUAUUUUACAACUUCUGCAUGUUGAGCAAGAACACCCGUUUUUGAGGCUAGCUUUAGAACUAUGCGUUGCCACCUUAGAUGAUUACUGCAAGGGAAACUAUACAGGUCCCAUGCCUGAAGAAAUGGAAGCUCCGAAGCAAAUGUUGGAAGGUUUAGCCUUCAUACAUUCACGCAAUUACGUCCAUCGGGACGUCAAGCCCAACAAUAUAUUGAUCUCGUCAUCGGGCGGACUCAAAAUAGCCGAUUUUGGAUUUUGUAAACUAGUACGAAGCACGGAGGCAUUCUCUAUGUCUGCUGCUGGUAUCGGCACUGCUGGUUGGAUGGCUCCGGAAUUACUAAAAAAUAUGCAAGACUUGGAAAAUGGGCGAAAUGCCGCCUUGCAUGCUACCACGGCAAUAGAUGUUUUCUCUUUGGGAUGUGUUUUCUUCUUUUUUUUUACGAAAGGUACACACCCAUUUGGAAUCGCGAUGAUGAGAAAUGCAAAUAUCCUCAUGGGAAAGUACAACCUUACAAAGUUGGAGAAAAAACACGUCUUCUUGCGAGGAUUAAUCAAAGAAAUGAUUAGCAUGAAUCCCGAAGACAGACCAAAGCUCGACGAAAUUCUAAAAAGGCCCGUAUUUAACGCACCAAAUGUUUCAGAUUCAAACGAGUUACUGAAAGACGACAAGAAAUUCGAUCUGUGGCUUAGAAAUAUCAAAAAUAAAUUCGCCUCCACUAAAAAGAAGAGCGGAAAAAUUCGACCGACCCAGUCGAAUACGACAAACGACGAGUGCGAUUCUGUCGCCCGUCCAACUACCCUGUUUGCGGCUACCAACAACAGAACACUUAUAUUUCAAGGGCAAACUGGACUGCAGGUUGUCAAUGAGGAACCGAGCCCAACAUCGUCUGAUGGAUUAAAGAUGUCCACUCGACGUCGUGCACAAACCAGUUCAGAUACCAUCAAGCAAAGAUUACAGGUUUCAAGCGCGCCCACAUCCUGGCAGAGAACUCUACCUCGCAGCCGCCCAGGAAGAUUUAUUUGGAGUGAGUUUUUUGCUGAUGGCACUGAGGAAGAAUUGUAUUCUUCUUUCAUUCCUCGAGUUCGUUCGGUGGCAUCACUGUCAAAUCUUGAGCCUGGAUUAACCAGUUCUGCAGAGAGUUUCUCGGACCUUAGUAUUACAUCUUCGUCUCUUCACUCUAAGACAGACAGUCAGUUGUCUUUGAGUCGCUCGUGCGCCGGUGACCCGUUGAACAAAUCCAAAUGAAGCACAAUUCUUUUUAGUAAUACUUUUAUAUAUUUUAUUAUUUAAGUGCGACAUAGAUUAAUAUUUUUAUCUCUAGCUGAAUUCGUAGCGUGCAGGCAAGAAAAAUCUGCUGACCGAUAUUAAUUGGUUAUGAACAUUAUUAUCCCUAUCGUUGAAAUCUGGAUGGGAUCGUAUAGUUUUCUUCCAUGUCCAGUUGCUAGAAAAUGGCCCAAAUAUUAAAAUUUCCAAUCGUCAGGAAUUAAUGAAUAACAAGUUAUUCACGACGUUACUGGAAGUAGAUAUAAUUCUAGCGUUUCAUAUAAAUUGACUGAAGUUAAAUGCGAGGUACUGUGUACAGGCCUCAGUACAGACUCUCUCUAUUUCCAUUUUUUUAAAUGUCAUUUGAUACCUUGACCGUGUAAGUUGUUUUGGCGCAAUCGGAGAAAUUGACAUGGCCAUGUGGGGCAAAUCGGUGGCUAUUUAAAUUCAGGAUGAAGCACAUGCUAAUAAUUUCCUUUUCGUUCGUAACCUUACUCAACAAUAGUUACUAACCGUAUCAUAGAUGGUGUUCCGUAGGUUAUCAUUCUUUGUUUAUUUGCUCUGUCCUUAUUUAUAAGCUAACUUGUAGAUUUAUCGGGGUGACACGAAUUUGAAAAGGUUGUAACUUUCAAAGACUUGGAAUGAAUACAUA